UGUUGUAAAUUCAUACGCUGCGUACGACAGUGUAAGAUACGAAGGAAUUUUGUUGUAAAGUUUUGUGAUUUAGGAAGAAUGUGAAAUGUAAUAUGGGUUCUUGGUGAAUGAAAUGGCUUUUAAGUGUAGAGAGGAUUUAGUAGGGAAGAGAUUUCUAUCAGUUCAAAGCCCAGGAAAACUAAAAGUUAACAAAAUUUGUGAGUGGGAAUGGCGGUCUGGAUUUGUUCGAGCUGUUUCAUUGAAAGAUGUAACCUGUCCAGACCUUGCUAUACUAGUUGAAUUUGAUAAUCAAGAUUGGAAAAGAAGAGAGUGGGUACGAGUUCAUGACAUUUUCCAAAUAUUUCUUGUUGAACAUACAGUAAUUUGGGCAGAGAGAGAGGACCCUGAGGAUCUGAAAGAAACAGUGUAUUGGCCAGCUUUGAAUUUCCGUUGCAUUGUGGACAGAUCUGGUUGUGCUACAAGUAAAAGAAAACCAGUUGAGUUUUUAGUUGACAAGCAGAUUGCAUUUGUUGAUGAAAAGAUUAUAAAAAGUUUUCAGGAAGGAGAGCAGCUGCAGCAUCCUACUGUAGAGAGGUUCCCACAGGUUGGACAAGCUGUCAAGAAUUGGUUUGAUUACCAGGAUGGUCAGAAGAUUCUACUGACCACACCUACCGUGUUAGUGGGCUAUAGAGUAGAAGUUUACAGAGCAGAGGGCACUACACAGUGGUACACAGCUGUCAUUCAAUCAUAUAAUCAUUCUACAAAGACAUUAGCUGUUACUGAUGACACAGUUCUAGAGGAACACCAUGAAGAUCCAUGUCUUAUUCAGAUGCGACUUCUCGAUGACGGAGUGGUAGACUCUAUACUACGAGGAGUUGAGAUUGGAAUAGGACCCCGUCGAACACGACAGGCUAACAAGGAUAAGGAAAAGGAUCAAACAUCUAAUUUGAUAUCAGGUCAGAUCAUUACCACAGUAGAUCAAAACAAGUCUGGAAAAACUCAACAAAAACCUACAAUUACUGAACAACAAAGAGAUAAAAAUUCUAGAUCUUCAAAGCCAGAUAGAAAAAGAAAAUCAGAGCAAAUUAUUGUUGAAACAAAACCUGAUGUGUCAACUGUAAAUAAAAGAUCUCGGUCAUUAGAGACAAGAAAGAUUCGUGUAAAUGAGGAAAUUAAAAAGGAUUCUAUUAAAUCUACUGCUAAACCAACAAAUGUUGUGUCAAACUGUAAGUCUGCAAAAUCAAAGGCAGAACCAAUAUCUGAUCGAAUAACACGUAGACAGGUGAAAGAUUCUACUGUCAAAUCACCAUGCAGAGUUCAAACCAAGGAAUCUAAAAAACCUUUAAAAUCAUCUAAAUCAACUAAAGACAAAUCUGUCAAACCUAAUCCUAGCAAGCGAGAUAAAGGAUUAGGUGACUGUGAUAAAACAUUGAAAAAUUCUCAUAUUGACAAGGAGAAGUCAAUUUCAUGUGAUAUUACAAACACUAAUUCAGUGCGAGAGAAAGAAGAGGAGAAACCAAAAACAGAAAACGAGGAAAGUGAAACUUUAAAAAGUGAAGACACUGUAAUAUCUACUAGUGAUGACAUAAAACAAAGUGAUAAAAAUGAGGAGGAAAAUACUACUAGUGAAGUAACGGUGAAAUUAGAAUCGAAGACAGUGGAAGAAUGUUCAGAGGAUAAUACAACUUCUGAAGAAAAGAAACACGACGAAACAGACGAUAAUAUGCACUUUAUGAAACAACGUUUGUUAGCAAACAACUCACAAGCAAAUUCUCCGUCUACAAACUUGACAGAAAAAAUCGAUGUGAAUCAAUCUGUCACGGACCAGCUAACCAAAUUAGCAAAAACCCAAACUCAUUCAUCCAAUAGUUUUGAGCAUCAAACAUCCAGGAAAUCAACAUCUCCAUCUACAAAACAUUCAGAAGAAAACCGAUAUGAUCAUGUGAAUGCAUUUCAAACUUCUCAUUAUAGUAACUCAGAAUUUAGGUCUAGUUCUCGUGCAAGUGAGCAUUCAGGAACUAGUGAGGAUCGCAGACCUGGUUCACGUUCAGAUAAAAUAAAAAACAGUCCAUCAUCAAGUCCAUUAGUUUUAGACAAAACUGAACCAGUUCACCCGUACAGGGAUCCUGAAUUAAUGAAGAAAAACACAGUUCACAGCAAUGUGCAGAGUAUGCAUCCUAAGAUGCCUGCAGCCUACCCAGGAAUGCCCAUUCCACCACCAGUUAGUGCUAUGCCUUCUGGGUCAUCUUAUCAGUCUUCAAUGCAGAGAUCACAUCUCUCUUCAUUGUAUCACCCUUUAGCCCAGGUACCAGCCAUGCCAUCACCAGGGAUGGGUAUAGACCCUGCCACAUAUGCAGCCAUUCAACAACAACAACUAUUACAGUAUCAAUUACUGUUACAAAGAACUGCUACAGCUUACCCAGCCAAUCUUACACAGCAGCUCGAACUCUUGUGGCAGCAGAAACAUCCGUCUACUCCAGUACCCCCACACUGGGCUCUAAAUAAAAACCAAGAAGAAUUACUUCGUGAUUUGUAUGCUUUGAAAGAGAGAGAAAUUGAUAGGUAUGAUAUCAAAAGGAGGGAAAUUGCUGAGAGGGAACGCAUUGAACAGGAACAUUUGGAACGUUUAGAAAGGGAUAAAAUGGAAAGGGAACAGAGAGAAAGACAAAUUGAAAGAGAAAGACAGGAUCGUGAAAGAAUAGAAAGAGAGAAAUUGGAGAGAGAAAGACAACAGGAGGAAAAGGACAGAUUAGAAAGACAGGAAAGACAGAAGAAUGAAUGGAGGAGAGAACAUGAAAGGGAACAAAGAGUGGAAAGGGAGAGAAUUCUGAAGGAAUCAGCUGACACUUUAGCUGCUGUUGACAACCACUUUAAACAGUCUCUGAUGUUGGCCAAUCAGAAGGCUCAGUGGUCUGGACCAUCAAUAGUCCAAGGCACAGUAAAGCCACCCAAAUCUGAGCAUCAUGGUAUGGAUAGGCGACAAGAGGCCACCAAAUCCAUGGAGGAAAAAAUCAAACAGGAGAAAGAGCAGCAGUUAAGACAAAGGCAUUUAACUGAAGAACAAAUUCGCCAGGAUUAUCUUCAACGGGAGAUGAUCGAAAGAGAAAAAUACCUGAAACAUGUAAAAGAAGCUUCAAUUAAACAAGAACAAAAAAUAGAGAAAGGAACAAAAGAAGGGAAGGACAUGUACUACCCUGGUUAUUCCAUUCCCUCAUCUACGGCAAAUAUCAAACAGGAACCAAAAUUUAGUUUGUUUGGUUAUCAGCCGUUUCAACAUUCCUAUAUUUCUUCAGAACAAUUGCAAUCAUAUGGACUAGGGGAUAAACACAGAAAAGAGGAAAAAGACUCUAAACGUUCAACUGUGUCAGUACCCCCACCAUUGAUCAAAGACAGCAAAUCACAUAGUUCUGUUAUUGUUGAUAACAGGAUGAAAUCAAGUAGUCCACGUCCUGCUCAUUCUCAUCAUUCUACUGUACCGUCCACGUCUCCACGAUCACAACCAAAACCAGCACAUACACCAGACCGCCAGUACUCAUCACUUACAUCAGGCAGUCCCUUGGCUUCUCAUCAGGAUUACAUGUCUCAGUCAAUGGACUUGUCAGCUCAUCGUGAUAAACAUAUCCCUAGAAGUCAUAGUCCCCUUCAUGUGGCUGAUCCACAUCAGCUCUCAGCAGCCAUCUCACAGCCUCUUGACUACCACCGUAAGCCCAGAGUUCAGUCUAAGUCUCCUGUGUCUUCCUCAUCUGUGACAGCAUCUAUUGCUCAGCCUCCGGUUACAUUAACUGGAUCCAUGGCUUACAGCUACAGUCUAAUACAGCAAGGACUUGUACCAAAUCCAAUUUACUCUCAGACUACUGUUAAAGCAGCAUCUAGUACUAGUGCUCAAGAAAUCUCACCCGGAAGUCAGGGAGUUAAAAGAAAAUUCAACAAGGAGGGCAACAACAGGAAACGACAGAAAGGAGAAAAUUCCAUGCCAAUAACUAGCAGCAAUAAUUUCAUUCCUAAUACAACACCACAAAUAUUAACCAAUCAUUCACCGUACACCACAACCUCUAGUGUUAGCAGCAGCAAUACGUUAUCUAACAUUACCUCACCAUCAAAUUAUACGGCAGCCGGAUCAGGAUUCAUGGACAGUUUUAAAACUUUUGUAGAAAAUGCAGUUCAGAAUGCAUUCUUCCAAGAUCCUGAUUUUAAUAAAAAUAAAAAAAUGACAGCAACAACAACAUCAAGUAGUAAUAAGGGGUUGUCCCAAACACCCCCAGCUACUUCUAUAGCACCCAGUACUGGUGUGGAAAAUCAGGAGAGACGGAAGAGUGAUCCAAUUCAAUUCACUCCUAUGGCAAAUGACGAGGCCACUUCAUUGACUCUAAGCAGUAGUACUAGCAGCUUAAAUAGCCAGGUGACUUUAUUGGAAACAAUUAAUCGUGUUGCAAAUGGACAAUUAGAUACAGAUAGUGAUACACUUAGUGCUCCUAGUCCCCCACCUAAUGUCAAAUCGGAUUCAUCACCCCACAAAUCAGCAAAUCAUCCAAAACUGAAGAAAGCAUGGCUUCAGAGGCAUUCAGAAGAUAAAGUCUCAACUAAAACUUCACCUCUUUUACAUGAUGAAAAUUCUGAAAGUUCAAUUAAAAGUGAAAAAAAUGUCGUCAAUGAAAAAGGUGAAGUGGUCAAAAAUUGUUAUGUGAAUUGUUCGUACAUAUCACCCAGCAAAGAAGGCGGAUCUAAAUCUCCAAUUAGUGCUCUAAAGUUACCUAAUGGUAAUGGGAAGGAAGGCGAUGAAUCUACAACAUCAGCAUCGGAGACAGAGACACAGAUCACUGAUGGUAACUCUGGAAAAAAGCGUACCAAGACAAAAAGAUUAAAUCCUAAAAAGACCAAAGUAGAUUCUGAUGAUAGUAGCAGUAGUAGUGCUCCAAAACGCAAAACAAAAAAACCAAAAGAUUCCAAAGAACCAGUAGAAAAUCUUACCAAAAUUCCACAACCAUUACAGUUUAACUCAGAAACUGAAAUGGAAGUAGAAAACACAGAGGUUAAUGUGGUCAAAGAGGAAGAACCAGUUGAGAUUGAAAAACCAGAAGAACCAGUUCCAGUUGCCAUGGAAACAGAACCGGAACCAGUGAAAAAGGAGAAAGAGAAAAAGAAACACAAGAAACAAAACAAAGAAGUGCAAAAGGAAGCAACAUUGAAAGAGGUGAAGGACAUAAUAGCCAGUGUCACCAAACCAGUAGAAACUAACCCUGCAGGAGGUUCCAAUUUCAACAAACCAUUGGUAAAAGCCUCUAUAGCUACUUUAAAAAAGACAUGUCAGCCAUUUUUACAAGCUGGUUCCUGUAGUGAAGUGACUCCAAAGCUGAUGAAAUGUAGAGAGUGUAAGAUGACACCAAAUCAGAGGAGCAAAAAGUUACCAAACAUCUUUUGUAGAUUCUAUGCUUUCAGACGACUAAGAUUCAGUCAGAAAGGUUUCCUAACGAUCGCUGGGUUUUCUGAAUUAGAGGAUGCAGAGAAGGAUGAUAUUGAUCCUUGGUUACCUCAUACACCUGUCAUGGAACCGAAGCUGGAUUUGGAAACAUGUAAAUACAUAGCUGCUAAAGUGGGAGAUAAAUUCUGUGAACUGGUUGAACAAGAAAGAAAUGCCAUAGCCGAGGCUGGUGAGGAUGCAAAAAUUGCCUGGAAGAGAGCAGUUACCGGUGUACGUGAGAUGUGUGAUGUCUGUGAUACAACAUUAUUUAACAUGCACUGGGUGUGUCACAAGUGUGGUUUUGUGGUCUGUCUCGACUGUUAUAAAGUCAAAAAGAAACAGAUGGAGAGAGAGGAAAAAGGUCAGACCGACCUGAUUGCUGACGAUGAGGAGCAGAGAGAAUGGCUUACUUGUAGUUCCAAUCGACAGCAGCAUGAGAUAGAUAAACUCAUGUUAACACAAAUUAUUCCUAGAAGUGCUUUAUGGGAAGUAGGAACACUACUUCAUGAGAUGAGAGCAAAAUGGAAUCUUCCGGCCACCUGCUUGUGUCAGAAAGCUGUCAAAUUUCAACAAAAAAAUGGAAUAAAUCAGCAAUUUGUGAAGCAAGCAGUAGAGCAUGGAAAGAAAAUGGUGAAUGGUACUGAUGAACAUGGAAAGUCAUUCAAAGGGAGUAAAAAACAUAAUGGCAACUUCAAAGCUCACAGUUACAAUCCAGAUAACUCAUCUCCGUUAAGUUUACUAGCAGACGUAGCGUCUAUGGACUCUGAGAAUAGCCGAGACCGUAGUGAAUCUCCAUACAGUAAAGUGGACAAAUACGGGAAAUCUUACAAUCCUAUCACAGAGCCUGUGUCACCCUGUGGUGGGGGACAAGGUGGUGAAAAUGAAGGGGAUAAGAAAAAUCCAGCUAGUUGUUCUACUUUGAGGGAAUUAUUAACUAAAACAGCAGGCAGCAAAGUUAAAUCUAGUGAAACAAAAAAAUCGAAAAAGUCUGGAAAUACUUUAGAUGAUAUAAUUCAGUCAGUUGUAGAAAAACAACUACCUAAAGAUGUGGAGAAUAACAAUCCAAUUAAACUACUGCAUUACAUUCCAAAAUUUGGUCAUAGUGGCAUGAUAGCACGGGAUGCUCCCAUUCUAAAACGUACCUUGACAGAAACUAGUGUUUUAUAUCCUGAUGUUCCUCAUUCUUGGCUUUGUGAUGGACGUUUGUUACGACUUCAUGAUGCGCGACACAAAGGAAAUAUCAAAAUAUUUCAGGAACAGUGGAAGCGGGGUCAGCCAGUGUUAGUGUCGGGUGUGGAUAAACUAUUAAAUCAAGGAGUAUGGCGACCCUCUAGUUUUAGUAAACAGUUUGGAAAAAUAAAAAAUGAUCUGAUAAAUACACGAACUGGAUGUUUAUUGGUUGGACAUCCAAUGUCAGAUUUCUGGGAUGGAUUUGAAAAACUUGAAGAGCGUUUAGUUGAUGAGACCCAGAACCCAAUGUUACUCAAAUUAAAGGACUGGCCUCCUGGUGAUGAUUUCAGCGACAUUAUGCCAAAUCAUUUCGAUGAUCUCAUGCAAGCUUUGCCUCUGCCGGAAUAUACUCAUCGUCAUGGUAAACUUAACUUGGCAUCACGUUUACCUGAUUUCCUCGUAAGACCUGAUCUAGGACCAAAAAUGUACAAUGCAUAUGGCUCUGCAUAUUUUCCUGCUGAAGGUACUACCAAUCUGCAUUUAGAUGUCUCUGAUGCUGUCAAUGUUAUGGUAUUUGUUGGUAUUCCUGAUGACGGACCCGGUGGAAAAGCAAUACAUGAAAGUGCUGCUUUACAGGCAAUUGAUAAUGCAGGAUGUGAUAUCAUUACCAAGAGACGUGUACGAGAGGUGUAUGAAGUACCAGGAGCUCUGUGGCAUAUUUUUGAUGCCAUUGAUGCUGACAAAAUGAGAGACUUUCUAAAUAUGGUUGGAAAAGAAAGAGGUGAAGAGAUAGAAGCUGAACAUGAUCCCAUCCAUGACCAGGCAUGGUAUUUAGAUGAGGAAUUACGUGAACGACUUUACAAGGAGUAUGGUGUACUAGGCUACACUAUUGUACAAUGUAUGGGAGAUGCUAUAUUUAUACCUGCAGGGGCACCACAUCAAGUUCGUAAUCUACACAGUUGUAUAAAGGUUGCUGAAGAUUUUGUUUCUCCUGAGCACUUAAAUCAUUGUGUUAGUCUCACACAAGAGUUCCGAGGUCUGUCAGAUACACAUUCCAACCAUGAGGAUAAACUACAGGUCAAGAAUAUAAUGUACCAUGCAGUAAAAGAUUCUAUGGCAGUUCUUCAGGAACAUGACCCAGAUGAGGAUGACUAAGGAAUUCAUUUAUCUACAUAUAAUGUCCUAAUGUGUCUCCACUCAACUCAGUGCUAAUGACUGGUCAUUUCUUAACCAGGGAUAUUUAUGUCAGUAAAACAAAGUGCCAUCACCAAAGUGAUUUAGGACACAUUAUAAAUGGCUAUAACAUAGCCACGAUCUCAAUGAUCUCAAAUUUUCAGGGAUAUUUUAAAUCUUUCAACAACACAUGUUUUUGUUUUUUUCAAGCAUACUUGUCAUUCAGAUUCUAUAAAGAAAUAAACCAUACAUGUUGACGCGAUAUCAACAAGUGUAUGGAUGAGAUGUGUGUGUGUGAGAGAUAUAUGACACAAAGUAUCUUCCGUUGAUCAUUUAGAUCCGUUUUCAGGGAUCAGCCAAAGUAUUUCAUGUGCUUCAUUAAUCAUGUAUUGUUGUACAAUGGUAAAACCAUGUUAUGUAAAUAUUAAUCUAUAAAUAGAAGGUUAAUAUCACAAUAGCUCAAAUUACAGCAUCAUGUGCUUUUUACAUGUUGUCAUUUUAAUAAAUGUUCUUCAUUCUGCUUAUACAGAUUUUGUAUUAAAAUAGUACUGUUUAUUUACGUAGCCUUAUGUAUAUAUUAUAUAUAAAAUAUGAUAAAAAGGAAGAUAUUUUUAUAUGACGUGGUAAAUUUUUGUUCACAUUUUAAAAAAGUCUAACGAUGAAUGUGAUAUAAAUCACAAAAUGUCAGACUAUGUCAUAAAUACAAAAAUUUGUUCUUACAUAAAUGUAUUUGUUUCUUUAAUGUUGAAAAUUUUAUUUAAACAAAGUCUUUAAUAUGUUAUGGUUUUACUUAUAUCAUAUUGCUGUACUUUAAAGAGAAUAAAAAUACUUUAAAGUUGA